AAAUCUUAGUGUAUUAAUUGCUCGCUAUAAGCUAGGUUAUUGCGCCCCUAAACCAACGUACUGACAACGCCACCUCCCCGGAACUCAAACUUUAACAUGCCAAGUGUCGUGUCAACUGUUGCAAGUGUGCUCAUUCCAUGUUCACUGUGCAUGUUGUUCUGGUACUUUCGACAGCGUAAAGUGAAAGUGGAUGUCCGUGGGAAAGUGGUGCUCAUCACUGGUGCAAGCUCAGGCCUUGGUAAAGCCUGUGCUGUGAUAUUCUACAAAGCUGGUGCUAAAGUCAUUCUUGCUGCAAGAAACCUUGAUGCACUGGAGAAAGUCAAGCAAGAACUUCUUGCCUUGGAUGUGCCUAAUAAAAAACUGUUUGAUCCUGAUAUAAUUCAGUUGGAUCUGGCAGAUUUUGACAGCAUAGCAAAAGCAGCACAAGCAGCUCUUGGUUGCCAUGGAAAUGUACACAUCCUCAUCAACAAUGCAGGAAUGAGUUACCGAGGGGAGAUUUUGGAAACAAGCUUGGAAGUCCAAAAGAAAUUGAUGGCUGUCAAUUAUUUUGGCCAUGUUGCACUUACAAAAGCUCUUCUUCCGUCCAUGAUAGAGCAGAGAGAGGGUCAUAUUGUGGCAGUCAGCAGUAUUCAGGGGAAGUUAUCAAUACCAUUCAGAUCAGCAUAUUCUGCUUCCAAGCAUGCCAUGCAAGCAUUCUUUGACUGUCUUCGUGCAGAAGCAGCUCAACACAAUAUCCAGGUGUGCAUUGUGAGCCCAGGAUACAUCAAAACAAAUAUAUCGUUGAACGCCAUGACAGGUGAUGGCUCAAGUUAUGGAGUGAUGGAUGAAAGUACCAAGACUGGAAUGUUACCAGAGGAUGUUGCAGCUGGUAUCUUAAGUGCUGUGAGGACAAAGCAGGUUGAUAUCCUACAAGCUCCAUUUGCCCACCGCAUUGCUGUUUAUGUGAGGAAUUUAUUGCCUGGAGUGAUGGCGUCCGUCAUGGAAAAACGCGCAAGGAAACAGAGAAAAUUAAUGGAAAAACAAAAGUGAUACUCAUUGUGUCUCAGAUGAAGUCAUAAACAUUCAAAUGGAUUUACAAAAUUGAACUUUUACUCACCAGGCAAAAUGUGUGUUCUUAAUGAAAGCUUAAAUGGGUUAUCUGGACAUCUAAUACAGUUUCUAUAUAUGCAAUGACUUUGUGACUUCCCCGGCUUUAUACAUUGUGCUACAGGGCUGUAUGUGCUACUAUAUUGACUAAAUAUCCUGUCAAACCAUUGACAGCAAUGUGAAGAUAAUAAAGACACCUUUUAAUUGAAA